AUGAUUUAUUUAGAUUAAUAAAUUUAACAUAAUAUUCUUAUAUAUAUACUAUCUAAAAGUUAAUAAUACUCAUAUUUCAAAAGACCUUAAAGGGGAAUAUUGGGAUUAUUAAAAAUUGAUGGUAGCGCUCUUUUACAAUUUACAUUUAUUUAAUUGUUUUUGAUUUUGGAUUUCUAGUUAAUAAAUUAAGGAUUCAUGGAUUGA